GAUUCAUUUUUAGUUUCUUUUUUGCCAUUCGAGAUGCAUGACUAAAAUUCCGGUUCUCUCCAAAAUCAAUCGUUUCCCAGUUUUUGCAAAAUCAUUUCGUGUCUUCGCAUUAUUUAAACAAAUCCCAAAUACUCCCCAAAUCAUUUUGCUGACCGGAUUUUCAAAGAAAAUAUUUUUUCUUUGAAAAAAAUCCAAAAUCAAGAUGGUUCGUCCUUCAAAUCCAAAACUGAUGUCGAAGAUUCUGGAGGCCGUUACUCUUCUCCGGGAAAGUAAAGGAUCCUCGGUUCGCGAUAUUCUCCAGUUGGUGAAGAAAAGCUCCAAUGGACAGAAUAGAAAUUUGACAAUGCAGGUUCAACGAGCUUUAAAACAUGCUGUAACAGCGGGAAUUUUGAAACAUAGAAACGGUCGUUAUAAAGCUGUGAUUGCUCUCGCUGUCACUCAAGCCUCAAGAAGACGUCGUACUGAGGAUGAUUACAAAGUCGCGGAAGAAAUGCCUGAUCCUGAUGAAUCAACAGCUGGAGUAGAUCCUUUUGGUGCCGUUCAGGAUCGCAGGAGGAGGCGAAAGCGUCGUGUAAGUCGCAAGAGGAAGGGAAGCCACAGGAGGAGGGCCAGCCGCAAAAGGAGGAAGGGAGGAAGGAGGCACGCUAAUGAAGAAUUCGAGGAUAUGGGACCUACUGAACAUAAAAAAAUGUCUGAAAAAUCCAGAAUUCGUGAAGAAGAGUCCGUUGAGCACAGAAACCACAAAAACCUGAAUUCGGCUUCAAGAAGAUCGUCUUCAAGAUCUCGACCAAAGGAAGAAAUUUCCGAACAAAAUAAUAACAGAAGAUCUUCAUCGAGACAUCGAAGUCAGUCCCGGAAUAAUCAGCCCCCAAUUGAAGAUAUGGACAGCCCAAGUGUAAUGGAUUGUGAAGAUGAUAUCAAUGACAAUGAAGCUGAUAAUGACAUAUCCGAAUCCAAAAACUGUGGAAGCAACUGUAGCAUUAACUAAAAAUAUUACCACUUUUUCAUAAAGAUAAAAAUUUUCUCCUUUUCUCAAAAAUUUUAAUUAAAAUCAGACAUUUUUUUUUUAUUUAA